AUGGCGGGCACCCUAUCCCUCGAGAGCCUCCCCCUCCGAUCAUUCAAUAAACUGGGCAACGAAAUGCCUACCAAACCUGCUGUCGAAGUCGCUGGGGGACCUGUGUCUUCGAUGAGAGGAGCGCUGGGGGCGGACAUGCUGGAUGAUGGCGAUGCCGCAAAGACGCACACGGAAUCGAACACGACAGUAAUAAGCUACAGCUGUGCCAUCCUCUGGCGACGCUCAACACAAAAAGUCAACAGCUUUCCCAUCCGUCUGACAACCGAUAAACAAAUCCGCAAUGAUGAAUUUGCGGGAGACGUCGCCGCCACUGCCGAAGCCCGGGCAUUGAUUCUCCCUGGAUUGGAGCCUGUCCGCCGCACCCGUCGUGGUACAUUCAACGUGCAAACCGGAAAAUGCGGGCUUCUUCUUCCCAAUGAGGUGAAGUUCCCAGAAUCGGAGGUCUACGGGUCAUUAGUUAUGAAGGACCGGGAAGUCACUCCAUACAAGGGGUUCCAGAAGCACAACAACCUGUCUGGUUCUUCAAGAAGCAAGGAUCAGGACGAUGACAAUGAUAAACAAGAGGGCGAUGAUGACCAAGAGGAUGAUGUUGGCCAUGGUGAAUCUGGCGCCGAGGAAGUGGCGGUGCACCGUGGCUCUUAG